CUCAAAAAGUUAAGUAUUACUGGCAUACCUAGUGUGUUUUAACAUUUUCCAGGUUCCCGACAUGGAUAUAUGUUAUGGCACAGACGCCUCCACUGCAUGCCCCACUGGCCAGACUCUGAUUCCUCUCCAAAGUGGCCAAAACAAGUGUGUUAAAAGAAAUCGCAUUAUCUGUUCCGAGGGAUUUUUUUUCAAUAGCAGCGGGUGUGAUCCUUGUCCCCUCGGCCGUUUCCAACCUCGCACAGGUACAGGUUGGUGUGACCUAUGUCCUGUUGGAACGUAUCAAGAUAAAACAGGCCAAAUUAGUUGUGCUCUGUGUGAAGAUGGAACGUACCAAAACGAGACAGGAAGUUCUGAAUGCCGACAAUGUCCGCUGGAUGGUUAUGAAGACCAUUGUCUGGAACGCGACCAACGUGUAUCACAAUCAUACUGGUGGUUAAUUUAUUAUCAAACAACGUGCGAGGAGGGUACAAUUGAAUAUCUUUACUCUAGGUACAGUUACAGUACUUAUCGGUCAUCAGGAAAUGGAACAGAAUGCAUAUGGAUUCCGGCGAUCAGAGACACAUAUUUUACCCAUUUCUCUUCACUUUACUCAACCGUUAAACAAACCAGGCUUUACACAACAACAACAACGAUAGUCAAGGUUAUCAGCGCAUGCGUAAAUAAGUGUGAAUCCAGCUCGGAAACAUGCGAUGCAGUCAUGUAUGAAUAUAAAAGUUCCACGUAUCAUUACCAUGAUUGCGAUCUUCUGAAAUUAGUGAACAAAACCGUGUCUGAUUUAAUGUCUCAGCAGACUUGACGAACACGAGAAGUACAUGUACAUUUAUAUCUCCAACUCCACGCGCAAUGCGAUAAAUAAUGUGCUGUCGUUCACCGAUUUCUUAUUCAAUAGACUUUACCAAGACAUUAGUUUAUGUAUUCAGAUUAUAUUGAUUCCUCAAAAAUCCCCGAAAAAGAAAGGAAGCAAAUUCAUUGCAUUUGUGUCUCCAUAAAAAGGAGAGGAGGAUUUUAUGCAAUACCUUUUUGCCGAGUUUCAUUGUUUAAUCACAGGGGAUGCUUACUCCUCCUAGGCACCUGAUCAUACCCCUGUUGUGUCCAGGCGUCCGUGUUUGCCCAACUCUCUAUUUUGUAUUGCUUAUAGGAGUUAUGAGAUUGAUCACUGUUCAUUAUCUUCAUCUUUCAUUAUGCUAGUAUUAGAAAUAUUAUUGAUACAUUUGUACCAUUGUGGCAACGCACUUUGGAAAAAUUACGCGCUUUCAACAUUUUUUUUUCAAAAGCGUUAAAUUUGGGACCAAAUCAACGCACUUCGGAAAAAUAUA